UACGCCUGCGCGCAAAGAAAACACCAUGGCCACUCCGCCGCCGACAGGAGUGGGUGCGCAACGUGGGUGUCCCAUUGGCCCGCAGCGGUUGCUAUCAGCAUCAGGGGGCCUCUACUUUUGGACGCAUCCUUGUGCAAGAAUCAAACAUUUCCUAGCAGAGCCAAACAACAGCGCUUUGACGCUUCUCGAAGAGCAGAAAGCGACUCGGGCCGGGGUUGCUUUUCUGGCUAUAAAGGAGAACAUGGGGGCAACGGGGAUCGUGGUCAGCGCCCGACAGUCAAGACCAGUCAAGACCAGUCAAGACCAUAGUGUGGAAGCGCACCUCGCAUCGGCCCUUUCUUUUGCUACGUGCAUGGGGGCGCUUGAGAAGCAGUUUCUGCUCACAGCAUUAAGAAAGGUAGACGAUGGACACUGCACGUAUCGCGUGUGCCGCAGGGAAAAGAAUGAGAUCCCCGGAGAUGAGGCCGGAGCAAACAAUCUAGACUUGAAUGAGGUCAUUGCCAGUUUUACCACCUUGACCAGGGCAUCCUCUUCCACUUUGAAGCCACCAUCACUAUUAAUAGCCCCUUUUUCUGAGAGCGUCCCCCAAGGGUUGCGGCCAACCAGGGACUACAAAAGAAGAAGCAAUCCCGAAGAACGGCACGUAUCUGACGGCGGCAUAGAUGUCGAAAAUCGCCAUGCUUGCCAGCUUUCGAUUGUUCGUGCGGUUUGCUGGCGAGUUCACAUCUCACAUCGCAUCAUGGAUGCAGCAUGCACAGGCGCACACCUAAUUCUGGCCUUGCGCCCAGAAUCGGCUGAAGAGUUGACUUCAAUCAUGCCAUUGCGCUCACGGACCCGCGAAAAAUUUCCUUCCAUAUUAAGACGACGACAGCAGGAAUCUCACAAGCCAUCUAGCUCGGGUGACUGUCUUUCAAGUCACUGCGUCGACACAGCCUCAACGCCACCACGCACGUUUGUUUGGCGCUCUUCGGCCCUAUUCGACCACCUUGCCUUCCGCCAGGAGCCAAGAGGAGGGGAGAGUCUUGUCAUUCUUGGCACGAGCUCACGACUCCGCCAACAACGAUCCACACCCCGCCCAACACUUUCAGCGUCACGCGCUCUCAUACCGAAACAGACCGUAAAACAUGCUCUCAAGACGCCCGCAUUAUCUUUGAAUAAGCUGCACGCCAAGAGCCUCCGGUCAGCGGAAGCAUCUCAGCCUAUCGUCUUCGGGAUUGAUAAAGAUUGCCGAAUCAAGCUGGAGGUUCCAAAGCUCCGGUUCCUACACCCUUGUUUCUUCAGCUUUGACAAUCUGUGCUACCCGAUUCCGGUUCCUGUGAUUCCAGGACACGAAAUACUGGACCUAGCACUGCUUAAACACCAAGAGCUGGGGCUGUUCGACGAUAAGGAUCCAAGAAUUGUGGAGCAAGCGAGCAGGAGCUCGGCACCUCUUCAACUACCGAAACUUGCCGAAUUAUUCACCCUGAAGUCAGCAAGCUUAUCGUUCAUCUUUGGCGGGCAAGAUGCUUUUGUACGCCCUGGAAUUUUGGGAAACGUAAAGAAUGCUAUCAUCCAGGACACCAAACUAAACCCUAUCAACGCUAGAGGGGCAUUCGAAAGAGAACCCGAGAACUCUCAUGCACUCAAACUUUCAACUAAAGCUAGCCAAGCAGGUCCAAUCAUAACUAAUGAAGAUCGAACUCACAAAUCCAUGAUCUCCCAACGCUCCAGGAUUGAUCUUAGAACCCGAUCCUUGCAAGAAAAGCGCCGCUCUACCCUUAGGACUUGGCAUCUUCUUGGCGCCGUCUUGGUCGCCGCGCUAAUAUGCCAUUCCACCGAAGUCCUAAACACAACCACAUGGAAUUACGAAUCCUGCGACAAGAGGAGAAGAUGGGCGAGUAUUCCUACUAUCUUGACGAGACCCCGCAAGUUCGAAUACUCCUUCUCUUCUAAAAUUCCUCAGUGUUGUCAUAUCGCACUAAUUAUCUUCCAAGAUGCGGGGACACGCCAGCGCUGUGCACUUCGCGGGCUCCUAGAAACUCAAGACAUGACUCCAGCUGCCAGCCACAUCAAUACUAGGAGACCUGAAGAUCGCUUCGUGCACGCUAACACAAUGCGGCCUGCACUUGGCUCUGUGUGUAACGUUACAACUUAUUGUGCAUCUAUUUCUCUUGGAUACGGAAUAAUUCGGAUACACGAUAAUACCACGGCAUAUUGGCAGAAGGGUUGUCUGCAUCCCUCGAAACUCCCAGCCUUGCGGGAGAUAAAGGAGAUUCACUACCAACGGACUUCUUCAAAACUUCCCAAGAUUGGCAGUGUCAUUUUCCAGUCAAGCACGAUUUUAUCUACAGUGACGGAAAACGUGUGUCAGAGAAGGUCUCUGCGAAACAGACUCAUUUGGGACAGCAACUGGAAAAUUUCCAUUUUCGUUGCGGAAGCUCCGUAUAUUAUACGACCUAGCUGUACUUGGGUGUUUGAUUUACCUAAAAUUUUCAACAAGCAAACGCUUCUCAAUCCAGCUCCCCUUCGCCUCCGCUGCCUCCUUGCUAACCUCCCACUGGCACCAACACACCGAAAACACGACAUCCCCCCGCCAGACAUGGAGUUCACAUUCCAACCACUGUUCCAGAUCUUACUUGAAAACUCCACCGCCUCGUCCCUAUGA